GUUUUUAUGUUUGGCGGUUCAUUCCCGCUGCGUUUGAAAACCACAGCACAUUCAGCGGUGAGCCAUGACUAUUCUAACAGACGAGCCAAAUUAUCAGCAGGACCCGGAGAGCGUGUUCUACGUGCAUGCAGGAACUGGUUGGGGAUCCUUCCCCGAGGCUGUGAAAGCCGCGCCCAAGAUCUACGUGGGUUCCUUUGACCACGAGAAGGAUUCUCGAAGGAGUCGAGGGUCCGACCCAGCCUGGGUGCGCGUUGAGGUGGCGAAAGAGCUACUUCAUGGUGACUCGCUGAUGCAUGGCCAAUUCGAACAGUGCUGGAGCGCCCUUGUGAGGACGGCAGAGCGGCCGCCGCAAAGGGCACCCCGCUUUGGCUCUCCCUGGCCCUGUGAAGAGGAGGUAAGCCCACGGCAAUGGCUCGAGCGCGCAGGCUUCGCUGUCUUCCUUCGAGCGAUCGGCGCGGCUGAGCGCGGCCAGGCAGUCCCAGGGACUCCCGAGGAGCUGCGGCGAAGGUGUGGUGUGGUGGCUGUUGAGGACGAUGGAUUUUGUGGCUUUUGGUGCCUUGCAUACUUGCUGGGAAUGGAUUUGUCGCGUGCCUUGGAAACGGUGAUUCGUGAACUAGACUCCGUGCGCUCUGCUGCUGCGGAUGCCAGAGCUGACGGCAGAAGGCCAUCCCCAGAGGACAGGGCCUGGGAGCGCUUGUGGAACAUUGCGGACAUCAAGCUGCGAUGCUUGAGGCAUGGGAUUCGUGGCUCGCACCUGGACAUUGUCUCCUCCGAGCUUCGAUGCCGUGGGUUGCAGGACACGAACUGCUUUCUGACGCACUCUGAGCUGUCCUUGCUGUGCGGUCGCUUGUGGCGCUGGACCCCAGUGGUGGAGGUCACUCCAGACUUCCAUGCAUCGGAGGAAACUGGCGACCACACCAUGUUGGCGUUGGCCGCUGCAGGGCAUCCCACCUUGGAGGCCAUGCAGGAAAAUUUGGACGGGUCGGAGGAGGCUUUGCGAGAGGCAGGGUGGCGGCUGCACGAGCAGGGGUUCCGGCUCAUCACCGCGGAGCCCGUGGCAGAGGGUCGACCAGCAGACCAGCCCCGGCCGAGCUUCGAAGAGCUGCGGCAGAUGCGGCCUUUGAUCAUUCACUUAGGCACCCACUACUUCCUGCUGGAUUCCAUUGAAGACAUCCCCGAGUCUCUGAGCAUGGAGCAGGUGCCGACAGGGGCCGACCGAGGCUUCUUCGAGAAGUGCGGCCGCUGCUUCACUCGAUGUCUCGACCGCUGGUGGCACGGCGCCAGCGAGGCCAGGACGCCAUUGCGGCCCUGAGAGUUUCGUCGAGUCGAGUUUCCGGCUUGCUUGAGUUGGCUUGACUUCUCACUGCACCCCUUGCAAAGUGUUAGGGGAUGGCCCGUUUCACCAGUCGGACGUGGUUUCACAGCCCUUCUAUCCGACAACCAGCGAGCAACACGGAGAG